UCGUGCAACUUUCAUUCUAUCUAAAAUUGAUUAGAAAUAUGUAACAAUUGAAUAUUCAACAUUACAAUUUAGGAUAAAUAACGAGUGAGGGCCGAGACCGUUUCUAUUUUGCUACCGAAAACACAAGAGUAUAGAAUGAACCAAGAUAAGGCAUUGGCCGUGAAGGGCACAGCUCCACCGCAGCAUCAAGUGUUCGUAAGUUUCCGAGGCAGCGACGUUCACCAUAACUUCUUCAGCUUUCUCAAAGAUGCAUUGAUAAAGAAUGGUAUCAACGUGGUAACGGACGAGGACGCACCUAGGGGAAAACCCAUCGACGAGAAUCUUUUGAAGCUUAUAAGAAACUCUAGGAUCGCUGUUGUGAUCUUCUCGGAGAACUAUCCGGAAUGGACAUGGUGCUUGGACGAGUUGGUGGAGAUCGAGAAACAAAUGGAUCUUAAGAUGCUUGAUUGUUGUCCUAUCUUUUUCGAGGUUGAGACUUCUCACGUCAAACCUCAGGCACAACGAAGUAUUUUCGACUACAAUCUACUACGGUUGGAGCACAAAGAACGGAAAAAGGCUAGGCAGAUUAGUAAGAAGGCAUAGGAGGAUGCAGAGGAAAGAUUCAAUGGAUGGAGGAGAGCUUUGAUUUCGGUCGCUUCCCGCUUGGGCUUGACAUAUAAAAAGGAGAGGUUUGAUUAAUUUAAGUAGACAAUGUG